GGACGGUCGUUUUUAGUCGUUUAAACUCGGUAAGUGAACGACAGGUCGACCAAAAAACAAAAGGAGGAAUUAUCACUCACGCAGCUCUUGUUAUCUCUCUCUCUCUAUCUCAGUCAUUCUGCCUGGCCUUCUCUGUCAUCAAAGCAAGAGCAAAAGGUUAAGAUGGCAACCAUUAGAAAUGUGAAGAUAAAGACAAGUGCUUGUAAACGAAUAGUGAAGGAGCUGCAUUCUUAUGAGAAAGAGGUCGAAAGAGAAGCUGCUAAAACAACUGACAUGAAGGACAAAGGAGCUGACCCUUAUGACCUUAAACAACAGGAAAAUGUGCUGGCUGAGUCGAGGAUGAUGAUUCCUGAUUGUCGGAAGCGCCUCGAAGCUGCAAUAGCUGAUCUUAAAGGAACUUUGGUUGAGUUGGAGGAGUCGGAUAAUAAGGACGGACCAGAAAUUGAGGAUGCGCGUAGCACUAUCACUGAGGUUGAGCAAUUGUUUCAAGCAACAGAUGCAUAGUCCCCCUCUAGACAAGUUUUUAUGUAAAGAGUUUGACAUUUUGGGUAUCUCUAUGAUUUUCUUUCAUAUUCAGCUAUGAAUUUGAUAAUCUGUUGUUUGCAAACAUUAAUAUGCUAGUUAAAGAGCAGCUUUACAUGAAUGUCUCUCGCCAAUAGUUUUCUCCUGGUGGGAAAUUAAUUUUUCCUACGUAGUUGUGGACUCAAGUUGUUUUAGAACCAUGAUUUUGAUUGAUCAAGUGUCAAGCUGAACACCACUAGUAAUGUUAACUGCUAUGCUUCAUGAUCUA